CCGAUGUCAGCUGGAAGGUGCUGGAGCUGAGGGCCAGAUCUAAACGCUCAGGUUUGGCACCCACUACCCCGGCAUGACGAGUGCUGCCCCCGCUGCCUGCGUAAAACCUGCCGUUACCCCUUCGUAGUAUACACACUCUAACAUUUUAAUUUCACGGUGAUUGCCCUGUAACAACUACUAAUUGAUUGCCUGAGAAGUUUCUGAUUUGGUGCAUCCCAUUGAAAUGGCCAAUUCUAUCGACAAGACGGAUUCCUUCUCACCCUCUUUCCUAAGGUCUGGCUCCGUUUAUGAACCUAUAAAAAGCACCGACCUUCCGAGGCCUGAUAAUGAGAGCCUCUGGGACAAGUUGGAUCGUUAUUACAGGAUUGUGAAAAUUACGGUGCUGAACUACCAGAGUCUGACGACCGGUCUGUUUCCAACCAAGACUGCGGGAGACUGCAAGAGGGCCAAAAUCCACGACAGUCUGUAUUGUGCCGCCAGCGCUUGGGCUUUGGCUCUGGCCUACAGGCGCAUCGACGAUGACAAGGGGAGAACUCACGAGCUGGAGCAUUCGGCCAUAAAAUGCAUGCGAGGAAUCCUGUACUGUUACAUGCGGCAGGCGGAUAAGAUUGAGCAGUUUAAGCAGGACCCGAGUCCACAAAAAUGUCUUCAUUCAAUCUUCCAUAUUGACACUGGAGAUGAGAUCCUGUCCUAUGAGGAGUAUGGACACAUACAGAUCAAUGCCGUGUCCCUGUUCCUGCUGUACCUGGUGCAGAUGAUCUCCAGCGGACUGCAGAUUAUCUACAAUACAGAUGAGGUGUCGUUCAUCCAGAACCUCGUGUUUUGUGUGGAGCGGGCGUAUCGCGUGCCGGACUUCGGGAUAUGGGAGAGAGGCAGCAAGUACAACAAUGGCAGCACCGAAUUACACUCCAGCUCAGUUGGGUUGGCCAAAGCUGCGCUGGAAGCCAUUGAUGGAUUCAAUCUCUUUGGAAAUCAGGGCUGCUCCUGGUCUGUCAUAUUCGUGGAUCUCGACGCUCAUAACAGAAACAGACAAACUCUGUGUUCAUUGCUACCCAGAGAGUCCCGAUCCCAUAAUACAGACGCGGCUCUCCUCACCUGCAUCAGUUACCCCGCGUUUGCCGUGGACGACGAUGCUUUGUUUCACCAGGCACUGGAUAAAAUUGUGCGCAAACUCAAGGGGAAGUACGGAUUUAAACGCUUUCUACGGGACGGCUAUCGCACUGCGUUAGAAGAUGAGAACAGACGUUACUACAAACCAGCAGAGAUUAAGUUGUUUGAUGGCAUCGAAUGUGAAUUCCCCGUGUUUUUCAUCUACAUGAUCAUUGAUGGCGUUUUCAGAGGAAACUCCAAGCAGGUGAAGGAAUAUGAAGAAGCUUUGGAUCCCCUUCUGUUUCAUGGCUUUGACGGGUGUCCCGUGGUGCCCAAGUAUUUCCAUGUUCCUGCCGAUUUUGUCGAAGCCGAAAAAAUGAACCCAAACAGCCAGAAGAGAUUCCCGAGUAACAGCGGGCGCGACGGAAAACUCUUCCUCUGGGGGCAAGCGCUGUAUAUUAUCGCCAAGUUACUGGUUGAAGAAUUAAUAAGUCCAAAAGACAUCGACCCGGUUCACCGCUACGUCGCGCUGCGAGACCAGAGAAACAUCAGCAUGCGAUACUCCAACCAGGGGCCGCUGGAUAAUGAUACCAUGGUGCACGUGGCACUGAUAGCGGAGAGCCAGCGGUUACAAGUAUUCCUCAACACGUACGGCAUUCAAACCCAGACGCCCCAGCAGGUGGAACCCAUCCAGAUCUGGCCGCAGCAGGAGCUUGUGAAGGCCUACCUUCACCUGGGUGUGAAUGAAAAGCUGGGAUUGUCUGGGAGACCCGACCGGCCGAUCGGCUGCCUCGGGACAUCAAAGAUCUAUCGUAUUCUUGGGAAGACGGUCGUCUGCUACCCCAUUGUGUUUGAUCUGAGUGAUUUUUACAUGUCGCAGGAUGUGAUGCUGCUCAUCGAUGAUAUUCAGAACGCUCUACAGUUCAUUCGCCAGUACUGGAAGAUGAACGGACGGCCUUUGUUCUUGGUUCUGAUCCGUGAAGACAACAUCAGGGGCAGUCGCUUUAAUCCCAUCCUAGACAUGCUGGCGUCAUUUAAAAACGGGAACGUGGCGGGUGUGAAGGUCCAUGUGGACAGACUGCAGACUUUAAUCUCGGGUGUAAUGGUGGAGCAGCUCGAUUUCCUGAGAAUCAACGAGACAGAAGAGAUUCCAGAAUUCAGAAGCUUUGAAGAGCUUGAAGUUCCUAAACACUCAAAGGUUAACAGGCAAUCGAGUAUUCCCGUUGCAGAAAUGGAGCAGCCUGAACUCAACCUCACAGAAUGGAAGCACAAGCCCACCUACGAAGUCCUCCAGAAACUCAACGACUGCAAUUCCUUGGCGACACAGGCCAUUCUGUUGAGUAUUCUGCUCAAGAGGGAAGGACCUCAUUUUAUUACCAAGGAGGGUACAGUGUCUGACUUCAUGGAAAGGAUCUACAGGAAGGCGGGAAGCACUAAGCUCUGGUCUGUUGUACGCCUGGCCGCUGGCUAUUUGCAUAAACUUGUGGACAGCCUGGCUCCAUCUAUAACUAAUGUAUUAGUUCAGGGAAAGCAGGUGACGCUUGGUGUCUUUGGUCACGAGGAGGCGGUUAUUUCCAACCCUCUCUCCCCCGGAGUGAUUAAGGACAUCAUCUACAGUAAGUGCAGCCCGUACGACGAGCGAGAGGCCGUCCUGCAGCAGGAGCUGGUCAUCCACAUCGGCUGGAUCAUCUCCAACACGCCAGAGCUGUUCAGCGGGAUGCUAAAGAUACGCGUCGGAUGGAUUAUUCAUGCCAUGAGGUACGAGUUAAAGAUCCGGAGCGGGGACAAGCCGGAGCGAGACAUUUACCAGCUGCCUCCCGGGGAGAUCAAACAGCUUCUCCUGCACAUACUACAGCCCCAGCAAUCGGGCCGGUGCUGGCUGAACCGGAGGCAGAUUGACGGUUCCCUGAACCGAAACCCAUCUGGCUUCUAUGACCGAGUGUGGCAGAUUCUGGAAAGGACCCCCAGUGGGAUAAUUGUUGCGGGCAAGUUCCUACCCCAGCAACCUACUCUGUCAGACAUGACCAUGUAUGAGAUGAACUUCUCCCUCCUUGUGGAAGACAUGCUGCAGAACAUCGCUCAGCCAGAGUACAGACAAAUCGUGGUGGAGCUUCUUAUGAUCGUCUCGGUUAUUCUGGAGAGAAACCCGGAAUUUGAAUUUCCAGAUAAAGUCGAUCUGGACAUUCUAGUGAAGGGGGCUUUUAAUGACUUCCAGAAAGACCAGGAACGGCACCAAGCGGAGAAGCAGGACAUGGCAGCCUUUUAUAACACACCACCGCUGGGCAAGAAGGGAACUUGCAGCUACCUGACAAAGUCUGUAAUGAACAUGCUGCUGGAGGCAGAGGUCAAACCCAGCACCGAGGACCCAUGUGUGGUGAGCUAAAGGUCCAGCCAGGGGACGCGCCUGCCUCCCCCAGCCGGUGGCGUUUCUAGGAGUUUUCAACAUUAUCUCUAAUGCUUUUAAAAUGCGUUGGCGGCACAUGCUUUAAGUGAAUAAUACGGUGUCAGGCAGCAGAGGCUGUGAGCCUACCCCGUUCCAAAGGAUUUCAUUACAACAGCCAGUGAAGGACCACGGAACUGCAGUUUCACAAGAGCGUAAUACAAUGUGUCAUUGCACCCCAAACAAUGCAAAGUACAACGUCCGCAGGAGAUACGCUGCUGUUUAUAUGUAGGUGGAAUUCUUUGCGUGUGCAGUGAACAAACAUGUAAUAAUGAUCUGCUUGUGAACUGGAGCAAAGCCACGUCUCUCCAACGUACAGCCGGUCCCAGUAACGUCGAUGUGUUGUGUGAUAUAAUGUUACAGAGAAUGACCCUGUGGAGUGCAGUUGAUUGCAUUUUGUUCCACAGCAGAUCAUACGUUGUUACAAAUAGUGAUUUUUGCAUAAUGUGCUUUGUUUCCUCGGAUGUAACUGAAAUAAAGAAUGCUGAUUGGUACCGCA